AUGACUGAAAGAAAACAAAAAGGAAAGGAAAGUAGGAUAAAAGAGACAUCUGAAGGUAGACAGCUGCAACCAGAUGCAGAAACAUUUAUAAAAGAGAAUACAAUAAGGAAAUUAGAACAGAAAGAAUAUGAAUUAGCAAGAUUGCUAAAAGAGCAGGAAAUUGUGCAUCAAAAGAAAAGUACGGAACAGAGAGAUCAAGAAAACGAUAUCAGAUUAGAAAGACAAAUGUUAAAGGCAGAAGUAGAGUACUACAGAAAUCAGUUAUUGGAAGAGAAAAGAAGAAGUGAAAAGGAAAUGCAUCACAAUCAAGAACUCCUGGAGAACAGAUUGAGGAGAGAAAUAGAAACCCAAGUUCGCAGAGAAAUUGAACAAACAAUAGCAACACAAAUGGAAGAGAAAAUCCGAAAAGAGAUAGAGGAGAGAAAGCGUGUAGAAAUGACAGAGCAAAGAAAAAGGAUGGAAAGAGAAGAAAAGGAAAAGUUAGCAAAAUUAAAGAGAGAAAAACAGAAGGGAGAAGAAUUGAAAUUGCUUGAAAGGAUAGAAAGUCUUAAGAGCAUAGAAAAAGACAUGGAUCUAAAGAAAGAAGAAGUAUUGUCAGAAUCUGAGGUAUCAGAAGAUGAAGAAGAUAUUAUCAUACAAGAGAGACUGGCCAAUCUAAAAAUAGAAAUGGAAUGUCUACAGGAACGAAUACAGAGGAAGAGCAAAGAUGAUAGCAAAAAGAAGAAUACAAAGAGAAGCAAGACUUGA